AUGGACGUGACGGACAUGGAGGUGGACGUGGACGUGGACCUGGAAAUGGACGUGGACGUGGACGUGGACGUGGAGGUGGACGUGUGGACAUGGACAAGGACACGAGCGUGGACGUGGACGUGGACGGACGUGGACGUGGACCUGGACGUGGACGUGGACCUGGACGUGGACGUGGACAUGGACGGACGUGGACGUGGACGUGGACAUGGACGUGGACGUGGACGUGGACGUGGACGUGGACGUGGACAUGGACGUGGACGCGUGGACGUGGACGUGGACGUGGACAUGGACGUGGACGUGGACGUGGACGUGGACAUGGACGUGGACGUGGACAUGGACGUGGACGUGGACGUGGAAGUAGAAAUGGACAUGGAAGUGGACGUGGACGUGGACGUAGACUGUGGACGUGGACGUGGACGUGGACGUGGACAUGGACGUGGACGUGGACAGGGACAUGACGUGGACAUGGACAUGGACGUGGACGUGGACGUGGACGUGGACAUGGACGUGGACGUGGACGUGGACGUGGACGUGGACGUAGACGUGGACGUGGACGUGGACUUGGACGUGGACGUGGACGUGGACGUGGACAUGGACGUGGACAUGGACGUGGACGUGGACGUGGACGUGGACAUGGACACGUGGACGUGGACGUGGACAUGGACGUGGACGUGGGACGUGGACAUGGACGUGGACGUGGACGUGGACGUGGACAUGGACGUGGACGUGGACGUGGACGUGGACGUGGACGUCGAAGUGGACGUGGACGUGGACCUGGACCUGGACGUGGACCUGGACGUAGACAUGGACGUGGACGUGGACGUGGACGUGGACAUGGACGUGGACGUGGAAGUGGACGUGGACGUGGACGUAGAAAUGGACGUGGACGUGGACGUGGACGUGGACGUGGACAUGGACGUGGACGUGGAAGUGGACGUGGAUGUGGACGUAGAAAUGGACGUGGACGUGGACGUGGACGUGGACGUGGACGUUGAAAUGGACGUGGACGUGGAAAUGGACGUGGACGUGGACGUGGACGUCGAAAUGGACGUGGACGUGGACGUGGACGUGGACGUGGACGUGGACGUAGAAAUGGACGUGGACGUAGAAAUGGACGUGGACGUAAACGUGGAAGUGGACGUGGACGUGGACGUAGAAAUGGACGUGGACGUGGAUGUGGACGUGGACGUGGACGUGGACGUGGACGUCGAAAUGGACGUGGACGUGGACGUGGACGUCGAAAUGGACGUGGACGUCGACGUGGACGUGGACGUGGACGUGGACGUAGAACUGGACGUGGACGUAGAAAUGGACGUGGACGUAGAAAUGGACGUGGACGUGGACGUGGUUGUGGACGUGGACGUGGACGUGGAGGUGGAAGUGGACGUGGACGUGGACGUGGAAGUGGACGUGGACGUGGAGGUAGACGUGGACGUGGACGUGGAGGUGGACGUGGACAUGGACGUGGACGUGGACCUGGACGUGGACGUGGACGUGGACGUGGACGUCGAAAUGGACGUGGACGUGGACGUGGACGUGGACGUGGACGUGGACGUAGAAAUGGACGUGGACGUGGACGUGGACGUGGACAUGGACGUGGACGUGGACGUGGACGUAGAAAUGGACGUGGACGUGGACGUGGACGUGGACGUGGACAUGGACGACGUGGACCUGGACGUGGACGUGGACGUGGACGUGGACGUGGACGUGGACAUGGACGUGGAUGUGGAAGUGGACGUGGACGUGGACGUAGAAAUGGACGUGGACGUGGACGUGGACGUGGACCUGGACGUGGACGUGGAAGUGGACGUGGACGUAGAAAUGGACGUGGACGUGGACUUGGACGUGGACCUGGACGUGGACGUGGAAGUGGACGUGGACGUGGACGUAGAAAUGGACGUGGACGUGGACGUAGACGUGGACGUGGACGUGGACGUGGACGUGGACGUGGACGUGGACGUGGAAAUGGACGUGGACGUGGACGUGGACGUAGAAAUGGACGUGGACGUGGACGUGGACGUGGACAUGGACGUGGACGUGGACGUGGACGUGGACGUGGACGUCGAAGUGGACGUGGACGUGGACCUGGACCUGGACGUGGACCUGGACGUAGACAUGGACGUGGACGUGGACGUGGACAUGGACGUGGACGUGGACGUGGACGUGGACAUGGACGUGGACAUGGACAUGGACGUGGACGUGGACGUGGACAUGGACCUGGACGUGGACGUGGACGUCGAAAUGGACGUGGACGUGGACGUGGACGUGGACGUGGACGUGGACGUAGAAAUGGACAUGGACGUGGACAUGGACAUGGACGUGGACGUGGACGUGGACAUGGACGUGGACGUGGACGUGGACGUGGACGUAGAAAUGGACGUGGACGUGGACGUGGACGUGGACGUGGACGUGGACAUGGACGUGGACGUGGACGUGGACGUGGACGUCGAAGUGGACGUGGACGUGGACCUGGACCUGGAUGUGGACCUGGACGUAGACAUGGACGUGGACGUGGACGUGGACGUGGGCGUGGACGUGGACAUGGACGUGGACGUGGAAGUGGACGUGGACGUGGACGUAGAAAUGGACGUGGACGUGGACGUGGACGUGGACGUGGACAUGGACGUGGACGUGGAAGUGGACGUGGACGUGGACGUGGAAAUGGACGUGGACGUGGACGUGGACGUGGACGUGGACGUGGACGUGGAAAUGGACGUGGACGUGGACGUGGACGUAGAAAUGGACGUGGACGUAGACGUGGACGUGGACGUGGACGUGGACGUGGACAUGGACGUGGACGUGGACGUGGACGUGGACGUGGACGUCGAAGUGGACGUGGACGUGGACCUGGACCUGGACGUGGACCUGGACGUAGACAUGAACGUGGACGUGGACGUGGACGUGGACGUGGACGUGGACGUGGACAUGGACGUUGACGUGGACAUGGACAUGGACGUGGACGUGGACAUGGACGUGGACGUGGACAUGGACGUGGACGUGGACAUGGACGUGGACGUGGACGUGGAAGUGGACGUGGACGUGGACGUAGAAAUGGACGUGGACGUGGACGUGGACGUGGACAUAGACGUGGACUUGGACGUGGACGUGGACGUGGACGUAGAAAUGGACGUGGACGUGGACGUGGACGUGGAGGUGGACGUGGACAUGGACGUGGACGUGGACGUGGACGUGGACGUCGAAGUGGACGUGGACGUGGACCUGGACCUCGAUGUGGACCUGGACGUAGACAUGGACGUGGACGUGGACGUGGACGUGGAAGUGGACGUGGACAUGGACGUGGACGUGGAAGUGGACGUGGACGUGGACGUAGAAAUGGACGUGGACGUGGACGUGGACGUGGACGUGGACAUGGACGUGGACGUGGAAGUGGACGUGGACGUGGACGUAGAAAUGGACGUGGACGUGGACGUGAACGUGGACGUGGACGUGGACGUGGACGUGGACGUGGAAAUGGACGUGGACGUGGACGUGGACGUCGAAAUGGACGUGGACGUGGACGUGGAUGUGGACGUGGACGUAGAAAUGGACGUGGACGUGGACGUGGUUGUGGACGUGGACGUGGACGUGGAGGUGGAAGUGGACGUGGAUGUGGACGUGGAAGUGGACGUGGACGUGGACAUGGAGGUGGACGUGGACGUGGAUGUGGAGGUGGACGUGGACAUGGACGUGGACGUGGACGUGGACCUGGACCUGGACGUGGACAUGGACGUGGACGUAGACAUGGACGUGGACGUGGACAUGGACGUGGACGUGGACGUGGAAGUGGACGUGGACGUGGACGUAGAAAUGGACGUGGACGUGGACGUUCACGUGGACGUGGACGUGGACCUGGACGUGGACAUGGACGUGGACAUGGACGUGGACGUGGACAUGGACGUGGACGUGGACGUGGACGUAAACGUCGACGUAAAAAUGGACGUGGACGUGGACGUGGACGUGGACGUGGACGUGGACCUGGACGUUGACGUGGACGUGGACGUGGACGUGUUUGCGUGGUUCAGGAGCUUGCUUGGUCCACGAAUUUGCCUGGUCCAAGAGCUUGCUGGUCUAGGAGCUUGCCUGGUCUAG